UACGGGUGCCCACAUGGGAUUGGGACUCGAUCGAACACAGAGCGACGAAGGUUUUGUGGAAGUGAUUGAGGAACAGGGACGAUGGAAUCGGAGCUGGGUUUAAUCGAGGAGUCGUUGAUCAGCAGCUACUCUGUCUGGGUGCACGAAGCUCUGAGCGGAUUGCCCGACAGCUUCACGAUCACUGACCCUUCGAUUUCCGGGCAUCCAAUCGUGUUUGCGAGUAAAGGGUUCCUGAAAAUGUCGGGAUAUUCGAAGAACGAGGUGGUCGGGAGGAACGGCAGAGUGUUUCAGGGUCCGGGGACUUGCAGGCGGUCGGUCAUGGAAGUCCGGGAGGCCAUCAGGGAGGAGAGAGAUGUUGAAGUUAGUUUGCUGAAUUAUCGGAAAGAUGGGACGCCGUUUUGGAUGCUGUUUCAUAUGUGUCCUGUUUUUGGGAAGGAGGACGGGAGGGUGAUUCAUUUCGUCGGAGUUCAGGUUCCGAUUUCGAGGAGGCCGAGGCGGUCUGGUGGGAGAAAUGGUGUUGGUUUGUGUGAGGAGGGGUCUAGGAUGAGUGAGAUUGUUUACGGGUCGUGUCGAAAAGAAGUGUGCUUCGAUUCGUUGGUUGAUUUGGGUCGUGUUUUGUCGUUGGAAUCUGCAUUGGAUGAUGCUGAUAGUAGAGGAUUUGACAUUGAAGAAUCGUGCGAGGCAAGUGAUGUAGAGAAGAUGAGAGCUGCAACUGCAAUUAAUAACAUCUUGUCCGUGCUAACGCACUAUAGCGAGUCAACGGGCAGAUUAGUUUGUGGGAAGAGAUGCAGCUUAUCAGGGGUGGGCCUUCUCAGUUCAGCCUUAAAUAUAUCUCUUGGUAGAAUCAAACAAAGUUUUGUAUUAACUGAUCCGAACUUACCAGACAUGCCAAUAGUUUAUGCAAGUGAUGCCUUCUUCAAACUGACAGGCUAUGCCAGACAUGAAGUUUUGGGGCGCAAUUGUAGGUUUUUAAGUGGGGCGGACACAAAUUCCUCAAUGAUAUAUCGGAUAAAGCAAAGCGUUCAAAACGAAACAGCAUGCACAGUACGUAUCUUGAAUUACAGGAAGGAUAAAAGUUCAUUUUGGAAUCUCCUUCACAUAUCACCCAUUCGUAAUGCUUCUGGAAAGAUUGCAUACUUUGUGGGUGUUCAGAUGGAGGAAGGGUGUAAGAACCAGGUCGGACAUGGGCUAAGCCCUGAGAUGAGGCAGCUUAGCGCUGUUGGUGCAGUCAGAAUUGCAGUGAGGAGCUUAUCAAUGGGUGCUGGCCCUUCCAAAUCUUGAGAGAGUAACAACCUCCGUACCUUGCUUGCUGCUAGUACUGCCUUAUAUCUCACCGGUGUCUCCCACGGUCCCAUGCUAGAAAUAUAUUCCAUUGGGUUGCGUUUAUAAUCUUAUCUGACAGUAGAUGGAAAUGCAGAAAUCGGAAAAAAAGUUGGGUUUGUUGCCGCAUCCGAUCCUUGUUACACUUAAUUGUGUAUAUAUGAAAGGUUUGUCAGUGGAAAUUUAUCGACUUUCUGCUCGAAAGUCUCCCUCCAGCUUCAAGCUGCUGAUGGUGAUUGGUCUUCUCCAUGGUCGUUUAUCUUCUGUGGCGCUUUCUUUAUUUAUUUGUUUAAUUUUUUUUUUUUUCUGGUGUUUGUCCUCCCUCUUUGAUGUCUUCCUUCCUUGUUUGGUGUAUUGUACCUUUCUUGGCAAGAAAAGAGAUGUGGAGAAAGCAAUUUGGCGUUGCAAUCGUCUAUUAAAUUAAACACCAAAGUUUGUGUUG